UUCAAUUGGACUGGUACUAUAUUGAACUUUUUGCAUGCUUAUUCAAUUUGAUCAUUGACCAUUAUCUAAUUUGGCCUACCACCCCCACUCUAUAUGCCUUUAAUCUCGCCAAGACCAAACUAUAAUUUUUUUUUUCUUCACCUCUCUGCACCUAUAUAAAUCAACCAAUCCCAACACAAACAGAAAAUUACAUAAUUCUUUUAUUUGCACCUACUCAUCAGUGCUGGUAGUUACUAUUUUCAGUUACAAACUUAAAAAACAUGUCUGUUGAUGAAUCUUUUAAAAAACCUGGAUCGGUCCCUUUUAAGUGGGAGAUUCGACCCGGUGUACCCAAGACCCAACUCCAAAAACAACUAACACCACCAGCACUUCCAUCACCAUCACUUCCCUUUAACCGCCGCCACCCACCAUCAUCACCAUCACCAUUGCCUAUUACACAACCUCAACAAAAGCUAAAACUUAAACCUCCACCAGCUGGAUUCAUAUUCAUUCCUCCUGUGGAGCCCCGUACCUGCUCCUUCCAGUCUGCUCCACGUUCCCGAUCCGAACGUUGGUGGUUCGAUCAACCUGCUCGUGUUAGCCCCGAAUGUGUCUCACACGGGUGCUUGCCGUCGCCAUUAUUGAAGAGGAAAGGUAGCAAGAGAAGAACCAGGACCCGUCCACCUGAACCCGAUUAUGUAUCCGACCUUGAGACAAAAGCUAGGUGGUCGUUAUCAAGCCGGAAGUCAUUGUCGCCGUUCCACGAUUCAUCCAUGUCAUCUAAUUCAUCGUCCCAGUCAUCUCCAAGACCUGUGAGCGAUGCUGAAUGGGCAGGGUUUGGUCUUUUCUGAAGAACAUUUUCUGUGUAUAAAUAUAAAACGUAAUUUUGAUUUGUUUUGAAAACCACAAGAGUUGUAACCAUUUUCCAUAAAAUAAGGAGCAAGAUGACCUGUGGAUAGCUGUAAUGUGAAUGCCAUACCUUUUUCUUCAAGAUUAGGCAAAUGGAACAAGAUUUCUAA